UUGUCCACUGUACAAUUGUCAUGGAGCCUUCUAUACAUACAUAUAUGGUAAUUAUGUUGUUUCCCUCCCUUGUUUUACAAAAUGGUCAGUCAUUUCUUUUCCUUUUAAUUUCCUUGUGGCAUUUAGGGUACCUUGCAAUAGUGAUUGUCGAGACUCUCGGUCUCUCGAUUCGCGAGUCGGGAAAUUUCCCGGGUUUUUUGAACUCUCGACACUCGGUCUCGACUUUGUUUAACUCCCGACUAUCACCACCUUGCAAUAGUGAAAUUUGCAGGGAAGAAAUGACUGACCAUUUUGUACAUCAAAGAGAAAUUUGGUAG